AUGGGUCCGAUCCAAGGACCUGACCACUUGACCAAUUCCCUGGCCACAACACAGCAACUCUUCGACUUGAGCAACCGAGAAGGCGAAGAUGGACCAUCAAUUCGAUUCGCGUUGGUGCGAUUGACCAGUGCAGCGGGGAUUUUGUUAAGACUCCCGCAGGAAGCCAUUGCUCAAGCCAUUGUCCUCCUGCUGCGAUUCUUGCUCUGCAGCCGACCCCAUGAUCGAGAAAGCUUCAGCGCGAAGACGUAUUCCGCAGCCUCCAUCUACCUAUCGGCCAAGAUAUCGACGCCGCCGGUCUCACCACGUUCGGUCGUCAAUGUUUACGCUUAUUUGACUUCGAAUGCCUCACCUCUUUCCUUUAUCAAUCCGGGCGAGAGAGUGGUCGACGACGAUCCAAAAGAAUACUUUGUUUCCGAAGGAACCUACGAUAAGGAACGGCAACAAUUGUUCGUCUGCGAGAGCAUGAUACUGGCGGGCCUCGGGUUUGACACACAUGUUGCACUGCCGCAUGGACUGGCACUGACAUAUCUACAAGCGCUGGGCGUGUCCACCACCAGCCUGGCCAAAAGAGUCUUUGAACAUCUCAAUGGCGCUCUACUAUCUCCCCAACUGCUCUACUUGACACAUCAACCCAAUGCACUUGCGGUCGGAGCAAUAUACCUCGCCGCGAGAGAGAUCGAUGUAAAAUUGGUCGAUCAGAAUUGGUGGGAGGUCUUCGAUGUUGACAGAGAAGACCUUGGAUUCCUUGUAUUAGCCCUCGGCAGCCUGGAGACCUUUGCUGCUGCAGAACGAGACAAGUGGGCCGGAAAGACUGUGCCUCUAGACUGA